CCGUCGCGCCCCAGUACGCGAUCGCUAGCCACCGGGAGCGUAUCGGCAUUCAGCCUCUUGUAGGAGUGUUUCCCUCUUUCCUUAUCGCAGUACGAUGUACGAUGUGAUCUUACUGCCCUUGUGAGGGCAGAAAUGCCAUUCACCACAUGCCCCGAUGAAUUUACGCCGGUUUUAAAAUAUGUACAAAUUGUAUGUACACGUCGUUGCUGGACCAGAAGCAGUAUCAAAGAACGCGCUGUUUGCUGAAAAAACAUUUUCCGUCUCCGCGACAAAUCGUGCCUGGACACAACUGCUCGAAUUUUCCUGAUCUGUCAACCGGAAUUCCGUCAGGCGCAACUCCGGUGGACCUAAUCGCUGCCAGGCAAGAGUCCGCGGGAGAUCGAGUAUCUUCGGAGCCGUUAAACUCGAGGGAAGAGGGAAGAAGGGAAAUAAAGGUCAAUCCAUCAGUCUGUCUCCGAAAUGAGUAACCCGUACGCACGUUUGGUGGACGCCGGAGAGUAUCAUUGUGGGUGCCCAUCGAUAACUUUAUCGGCGACAGGAGCCGGACGGUUCAUCGUGCCAACGUGAGUGAAUCGCCGACGGAGCCCUGCUGAUUAUUUUCGAGCUUUCGAAACUUUACUGUCAACCGAAAUGCCGGUUAGGGGCCUGUGAGUCGCCGGGGACGCCCUCGUAAAUGCGGAAGGGAGAUUGUCGCCAGGGGGGGAGGGCGAUCGAAAAUCCAGGGAAUAUUCGACGAGCUGUACGAAGCGAAUUGGAAUAUUGAUUUUAAAAUAACUCCGGACAUCUUUGGAAAGAGAUCAAAGGUCAAGGAGACGAAAAAUCUGAGAAAAUAACGGAGAAAAAUAGCGAUAAGAAAGGAAUAAAGAAGAAGCUGGGGGAGGAGGAACUGAAUGUGCGAACGAGGGCAAAUUUUUCAGCUGAGAAAUAAAACCAAAGACUCCAUAUUGGGAGGGAAGAAAGAAGGAGAGAGAAGAGGAAGAAAAAACAGGCACGAUGAACGGCACCUUCCCAUACACGGACGGAGGGGGGGACAACGCGUCGAAUCUGACGGACUCGAUGGUGCCGAACUGCGGUGCCGAUCUGCCAAUCGUACCGCUGGUUAAUCAGAUUCUCUAUUCGAUCGUGUGCAUCGUCGGUCUUCUGGGAAAUACGCUGGUGAUAUACGUCGUUUUGCGUUUCUCGAACAUGCAAACGGUCACGAACAUGUACAUCGUUAACCUGGCGAUUGCGGACGAGUGUUUUCUGAUAGGAAUACCGUUUCUCGUAACAACGAUGUACCUGCGAUAUUGGCCGUUCGGUAAAAUAAUGUGCAAAGCGUACAUGACGACGACGAGUAUCAACCAAUUUACGAGCAGUAUAUUUCUCUUCAUAAUGAGCGCGGAUCGCUACAUAGCAGUUUGCCAUCCAAUAUCUUCUCAGAAAAUGAGAACGCCUUUCAUCUCAAAAAUAGUUUCUCUAACUGCAUGGGCAACGAGCGCACUUUUUAUGAUACCGGUUUUUUUGUACGCGAAUACCGGGGAAAUAGCGGGUGGCAUGAGCUGCAAUAUUUAUUGGCCGGACGAUCACGGGGGACAAACAACUUUUACUUUAUAUUCGUUCGUUCUCGGUUUCGCGAUACCCCUCAUCCUCAUACUAAUAUUCUAUUUUCUCGUUAUUCGUAAACUUCAAACGGUUGGACCGAAAAAUAAAUCGAAAGAGAAAAAGCGCUCUCAUAAAAAAGUUACGAAACUCGUUCUCACCGUCAUCACCGUCUACGUGCUCUGCUGGCUUCCCUAUUGGCUCACUCAGGUCGCUCUCAUUUUUACCCCCCCGAAACAGUGCCAGUCCCGCAUCGGUAUCACGGGCUUUCUUCUCGCCGGUUUUUUGAGCUACUCCAACAGCGCCAUGAAUCCCAUUCUCUAUGCUUUUUUGAGCGACAAUUUUAAGAAGAGCUUCCUCAAAGCUUGCACCUGCGCUGCCGGUAAGGACGUCAAUGCUACUCUCCACAUCGAAAACAGCGUUUUUCCCAGGAGAAACAAGGCCAAUGGGGCCGCUGCCAUCGUCGAUCGCUUGCAGUCCAACAGACUCGCCACCUCUGCCAAUUCCAGAGUCGAUCUCGAGGACGAGGACGGCGAGAGGGGCUUGCUCAUCAGCAAAACUUCUACCACUACCGUCACCAUGACCUCCAGAUCCAAUAUCACCGUCAGCACCAACGAAACGAGGGAACAGAGGGAAAUGAGGGACAGAGAAACGCUCAAGAAUGGCGCACAAAUCACCCUCUUGACGCAAGUUUAAGGACGAGAUGUUAUAUCAAGAAAGCUAAUUUAAUCAGGGACACUCGUCACUUUUAUUUACUUUGUUAUUCAAUAAAAUACACGGAUUCCCAAGUAUUUUAUCGAACAAUUCUGUAAACUCUCGUGACAAAGCUAUUUUGACUUGCGAUUCUUCUCGAAUUCGUUGAAUCCGUUGAAAGUUCGAUCAGAGCGAGUAUUCAGUCGUAACUUUUGACAAACUCUGAAUUCGGGGAGAAAAACCUAAAUUCCUUGCAAUUUUAAUGAUCCUCGAGACUCGGUGUGUCCCUUGUGGCCUCUUGAGGAGGUUCGAAAUUUCUAAAGAAAAAGACAAAUUUCGAAGGAUACUUCAGUGGGGAUUAGAAAGGAAAAAUAGACUGGGAACAAAUUUUCGAAAGAUCUGGAGAUUCGAGAGAGGACGAGUUGCGUCAGAUGGAAAAACAGGCAGUCGAACGUCCGGCGAUUACUAUGCAACCGUAAAAAUAUUGUAAUACGAAUCUCGCGUGUUAUAAGAGAUCCAAAUCUCGAGCACGAUUAUUUCAAAGACUUGGUUAUAUUUUUACGAAUCCGCGAGUCCAAUGAACUCCCGACACAGACCAAAACGAUGAAAAUACUUGAAAAGCGAGAGAGUGUCAAGGAUAGUCAAUUUUUUCGUUAAGAAAAAUCCAAAGAAAAACAAAGUAUAAUUCUAGUUUUAAAAUUACUAUGUGCUGUGUCUAAAUAUACUGUGUCUACAGAGCCUAAAAAGGAGGAAAAAUCGAUGGAAAAAUUAACCCUGCGGGAUUUAGAAUUUUUAAGUACAAGAAAAAAAACAAAAUUUAUGUACUGUUUGAAAAUGAAUAAUCUCGCGAAAAUCAAUGGAGGAAAAACAUUACAGGGGCGAAAUCACCCUUGAAGUUACGUAGUUGUUUGUUGUUACAGUGUUAAAAAGAACAUUUUAAUCAUAAGUCAGAGGGAGGAAGGGCGAAACGAUAAAAUAGCUCCGACGAAUGUCACAGGUUGAUAAUUUUGAAAUUUCUGUCGAUGGAACGCAUUGAAAUGUUUCCUAUUCAAAUGAGUCUGCCAAUCACCAAUUUUGUGUCUACACCGGCUAUAAAAAUUCGUCCAUUUUCAUUUAAUAUUUCAAAACGUUGAAAAGCCCAAUAUUGAGAAAUCAGUUUACUGAUUCGAUGGGCUCGGAAUUUUCAACGAAAUUUUUUCCAUUCGUUCCAACCGCAUGAAUUUCGAAGUCACGAUACAGCUGCGUCGAGAGGAAAAUAAAACGAUGUUUUACGAGUACAAUUAAACGAACAAAAGAAGAAAACAAAAGAGGCAGGUAAAAAAGGAGAGUGAUUGUUGAAUAGACAUGAGAUAGUAUAAUCCAUUGGGUAUUCUAUAUUUUUACAAUUAAAUCGUGUUUUAUUCGAAUAACCGAGUUGGGAGGAAGAAAGUUGACGUUUAUCCUGAGACUUGAAUUUCUAUCGAAUCUCAUUAUCGCGUAAGAAACGAGGGGAUAAAAAAGGGAGGAGGUUGAAGAAGAGUGGAGCGAGAAGUUUUGUGAACGGGAGACAAAGUAUCGAUUCGUUUUGUUGGCAGAUUGCGGGUUGAAGUGUGCCGAAACCGUUGAGAGUAUAUUCACCGAGGAAGAUGAAGAUUUCUCGUUAAGAUAGGCUACAUUAAUCGCUGGCUGUUUCAUAUUAGCAUCGGUUAAAGCAUGCCCCAGAUGCCAAAAUCAAUGGCGAUUUAUUCAACGAUUCGAAAAUCGAGCUAUUAUUAUAGGAGGGUAGCGUCACUCGGGCGGCCAUACACGAAAGGCCAAUUUUCGGCGUGCUCGUUUUUCGUGAGGUACGAAUUUUCAAGUUUUUCCCAUCCUCUACAAUACUCGAUGCAAUGUUUUUCGAAUCUUGUCUCUACCGAGAUAAAAUUCCAAUUUUUUCAAUUGCUCUCUUCACAGUUAUUAUUUAUCUCUAUAUUCUCGGACAACGACGUGAAUUAGUCAUUUAAUCAUUCACUAAAUAAUAGAUAAAAACACCGAUUUUACGAUUUUUUGUACGAUCUCCAUUUUUUCUACCCACACAGAAUUGUAUUUGUAAUAUAAAUUUUGUAUUUUAUAUUCGUCGCUAUGCUCUUCGUAAUUUUAUAUACGCCAGUUGACGUUUACAUUGACGAGAUUAUUCUUUCGGACCAGAAGAUUGAAUAUCCUGAUACCAAUCAUUCACUAACAAACACGUUGUCAGCCAUUUAUGCUCGUUUUUUUUUUCCAACACCCUUUAAUAUCAAGGAUUAUUGGAUUUAUUCGAGGAUUAUGAUUUCAUCGCGGGUCAAUUCCAUAUUAUAAUGCAGACGUGGUUUUGCAUUCAUAAUCUCUUAUGAAGGCAGCUUUCAUACGGCACAGGAAUCCUGCCAUACGAAUAACACUGUUUACAUUGGUGCCUAGUCCUUACCGAAGAAUUUUUCGUGCGUGUACAUCGACCCUGUUAUUUUUAUGACUUUAUAUUUUAUUUUCUUUUGAUAAAUGUAUCCAGUUUAUUGAUAUACGAAAUAAAGUGUCGAAAUGAAUUUUUCAAAGGCUGAUGGUAUUUUGUAAUUAUUUGAGAGUCGAAAUUCUAAUGUGUAUUGUUGUAUGACAGAAGAUGUGAGUUUUGAUAAUUCAUAAUAUGAAAGUAUCAGGACUCAUUUACCGAGUGAAUAAUACAGGAACUAUGACAACUAUAUAUUUUUGAUUAUUUACACAGGAGGCUCUGAAAAUUUCGAUUAUUCGUUUUUGCAGGUUAUCCCAUAUGUUUAUUCUGUAAAUAAGUGUAAUUGAAAAUAAACCUACGAAAAAUCAUUGCGAAAUGAGUCAUGUAUGUUUGUAUAUAUUUAAUAAUAAUAAUAAUAAUAAUAAUCGAGAGGUUAUUGAGCUUGGACAGGCCCAAAAUCAACCUGCGAAAUUGUGACUAACGUGAAACUUUGAAUUUCAUAUAUAGUUGAAAUUAUUGUCUGUACGUUAUUUGUUAUGAUUUUUUGUAAAAAUAAAUAAUUUAAUUUAAAUUUGA